ACACUUACACAAGGUAUAGCCAUAAUAGGUCCCCACCCCUAAAAGGACAAGCCCACCCCCCUUCUAUAAUAGCCAUAGUGCAGAUUCAGACCCCACUUUUCUCAAUGGCGUCCAUGAACAACUGGUUAGGGUUCUCCCUCUCCCCUCAGGAGCUCCAACCCUCCCAUGACUCCCAUCAAACACAGCACCCAUCCCCCUCCCUCAUCUCCGGAGCCGACGAUGUCUCCGCCGAUUGCUACGGCCUCUCCGCCGCUGCCGCAGACUCUUCCUUGGCUCCUCCUCCUCUAUCAAUCCCAACCCUAAGGCCAGAUGGGCCUUUUUGCAUCGGCCAUCACCAGCAAGAUUGGAGCAUGAAGAGUAGCAUGGACGUGGACAACGGCCCGCCGAAGCUUGAGGACUUCCUCAGCGGUCACUCGUUCUCCGAGCACGACGGCCGGAAGAUUCCUAGCGACUACAUGUUUUCUAACUGCUCUAUCAAUAUUACUACCCUGACACAAGACAAUAAUCAUUGUGGCCUAUUCAACAACAACAACAACAACAACACCAACAAUAGUAACAGUGGUGGCGGCAACAGUAAUAGCAAUAGCACAAUAGGGCUAUCGAUGAUAAAGAAUUGGUUACGGAGCCAGCCGGUGCCGCAUAAUCAACAUUCCGACAUGGGCCAUAAGAGCGGCGAUGGUGGCGGCGGCGGCGGCGGCGGUUGUAAUGCAUUAGUGGGGAGUGUUGAUCAUGUGGCGUUGGGUGGGGGCAGGGGUGGAUCGCAAAGCUUGUCGCUAUCGAUGAGCACCGGGUCGCAGUCGAGCUCGCCACUGCCGCUAAUGGGAAGCGGCGGUGGCGGUGAGAGCUCAUCUUCGGAAAAUAAGAAUAAGGGGAGUGUGGGGAGUGGGGUUGAUGAGCAAAGUGGUGCUAUAGAAGCUGUGCCGAGGAAAUCCAUUGAUACGUUUGGGCAAAGGACUUCUAUCUAUAGGGGUGUGACAAGGCAUAGGUGGACAGGAAGGUAUGAAGCCCAUCUAUGGGAUAACAGCUGCAGAAGAGAAGGCCAAACGCGAAAGGGUAGACAAGUUUAUUUGGGUGGUUAUGAUAAGGAAGAAAAGGCCGCUAGGGCAUAUGAUUUGGCUGCUCUUAAGUACUGGGGUACUACAACAACAACCAAUUUCCCAAUAAGUAACUACGAGAAAGAAGUUGAGGAGAUGAAGCACAUGACGAGGCAGGAAUAUGUGGCAUCUCUUAGAAGAAAGAGCAGUGGAUUUUCACGCGGCGCCUCUAUUUAUCGCGGUGUUACGAGACAUCACCAACAUGGGAGGUGGCAGGCAAGGAUCGGCAGGGUGGCAGGAAAUAAGGAUCUCUAUUUGGGCACAUUUAGCACCCAGGAGGAAGCCGCCGAGGCGUACGACAUCGCCGCGAUCAAGUUCCGCGGGCUCAACGCCGUCACCAACUUCGACAUGAGCCGCUACGACGUCAAGAGCAUCCUCGAGAGCAGCACGCUUCCGAUUGGCGGGGCCGCAAAGCGACUCAAGGACGUCUCGGAGCACACCGAGGAAAGUGUGGACGGCCUUCGGAUGAUCACCACUGACGGCGAUAAUCGCUUCAACUCCCAGAUAACCGAAGGGAUCAGCGGCAGCACAACGGCCUACGGUUGGCCGGGCAUUGCGUUUGCGCAGGCGCAGCCGGUCGGCAUGCACUACCCGUACCCGCAGCAACCGGUGAGGGGGUGGUGCAAGCCGGAGCAUGAAGGCAUGGCGGUGGCUGCCGCAGCUGCCCAAAGCCUUCAAGAGCUUCAGCAGCUCCACCUGGGGAGCAGCACCCACAACUUCUUCCAGCGGCCGCCGCCGCCGCCGCUCAUGAACCUGGACUCGUCCCCCUCGAUGGAGCACAGCACGGGAUCAAACUCCGUCUUGUACAGCGGCUCCUAUCAGGGCGUUGUCGGUGCGGACAACUGCGGAUACGCGAUGCCGAUAAGCACGAUGUUGGUGGAUCAGAGCCAGAAUAAUAACCACCAAGGGAGCAGCAGCUAUGGGGAGAGUGGUCAUGAGGGGAACAUGCAUGUGGGGGUUGAUCCUUAUGGUGGUAGGAAUGUUUACUUCAUGAACCAGCAAACAAUGGGUGGUUUGAAGGAGAACGGCUUCGAGCAAGAGAGCAAUGGGUGCAACAACUGGGUGCAGAAUCCGACGCAGGCGAUUGCGCCGAGGGGGAACAAUGUCGCCGUUUGCCAUGGAGCUCCUCUCUUCACUGUGUGGAAUGAUGCAUAGGAGUUUCGAAUGUUUUAGAAGGGUUUAAGGGAAGGAAAAGAAAGGUGGUCAUAGGACAAGAGAAAGAUAUACAACUAAGCUCCUGAUUAUGAAUUAUUUUUCUUGUUAAAUGGUUUUUUUUAAUUGUUUUCUUAAAAUUUCCUCUAGGGAGAAAGAAGAACUGGAGCUACUGCUUUUACCUUUUGUAUUGCUGUAACUCAUCUUCUAACUUGAAAGGGUUCUACUGAAGUGUUGGUGCAUGGCAUGUGAGAAGAGUUGAUGAUCAUCAUUUGUUUUCUCACUUGUUGUGAA